AUGGUCGUAACCUUGGUUUGUCGUUCUGCAGAUCGGCGUGAAGGCAAGCCACCGCCCCUGUUGCACGAUGUGAUAGUACACUAUGGUGAACGACUCUCUGCUGACGAGAGAGUAAACCGAAUCUCGAGAGCAAUCAGGGCGAUUCACGGCACGAAGUCUUGCGAAACCACCACUUCCCUUCCACUCACCGGUGAUACGACUGUCACCAACAACGAGUGUUGCAGUACCUCACCGAAUGCACAACCCCAACCUCCGACUCCGUUGAGUGUCGAGGUUACGCAUAGUGACUGUGCCAACGAGGUGGUGGAAGGGGAUGAGGGUCCGGUGUCGUUGAUUUUGGUGAUCGGCACAUCGUUGACGGUGCUACGAUUCUACUCCUUUCUGUGGCCUCGUGGGUUGCGUCGUUGUCUAGGUGCUGGUACCAAGUCUGGUGUUAGUGGUAGUUGUGGUGGUGGUGGUGGUGGUGAUGAUGCUGAUGUUGGUGGUGGCGGCAGCAGCGGCAGACCCACGAAGCGGCCUCGAAUCAAUCGUAGUUGUGAAUCGACCACCAUUGCAGCUGCAACCGCAACAGCAACAACGGCAUCUACUACUACUACUACUACUGCUACUGCUGCUAGUAGCACUGCUACGAGUGUGACGACGACGCAACCAUCGACAAGGGAAGCGGAAUUGAGCGACUGCACGGAAACCUGCGAGUUGGCUAUCAUCAACAUGCAGAGCACGUGCAAAGACGGUCUUGCGUGUUUCAUCAGUCGACGUGAGUGUGAUGAUAUUCUGCGGGAGACUGUGGAGGGUCAACUGGGUCUCUCUGUA